ACUGAAGACUCUCCUAGUAAAAGACAGAAAGUAAUGGCAUUAAUACCAACAGCAACAUACCAAGCUCCAGAUAUACCACACCGUGAGUUCCAUCCAGGGGACGGCCCUCAUACAACAUCAGGUACAACCACGCAAAUAUCCGACCAUGUUAUAAAUGCUGGUGGUGAAGAUCGAGAUAAACCUACACCACACAAGGAUACUCCUAUGGGUAAUUUACGAGCUCAGUUGACGACCUUACAAGAUCAAUUGAAUGUAUUCUUGACUGAACGUAUGAAAUUGGAUAAACAAGGUAAGCUGAAUGAACAAGAACUUGAACGAAAGAUCUUGGAUGAAGCUGAAGAUGAAGAGGAGGAUUAAUCUGGUAUAAAUAUACUUAUAUAUAUAUAUAUAUUAUUGUUAUACACGUGCUAUUUCUUACCGACUAUCUUGGUCAUGCUAUCAAUGGUCUUUUCAAGGGUUGUAGUUAAGUAAUCUUGUUUUAUAGUCAAACUCUUCUUGGUAUCGUUAAAAUCCUUUGCAUCAGAGUCUAAAUCUUUUAAAUAUGAGCUGACAUCACGAGCAACAAAGGCUUUUCCAACACCUUGCCAUACUUUUUCUGUUGGUUCACAAAGUUUAUUAAGUUUAGUUUUGGUUGAAGUUAUGGAGUUUAAAUUGGUGUUUACUCUAUCAAGUUGAAGGUUGACCAUAGAUAAUUCCGCACGGGACUUAUUUAAUUGAUUGUCCAUUUCAAUCAACACCUUCUGUAAUGCCUCUUGGUUCAUUGUGUGUGUAUGUGUGUAUGUGUUUGUGGGUUUAUAUCG